CUCAUGAACUUGUGGAGCUACUUCGACUUCGGACCAGCAGUCAGUUGUGGGCUCGGCUGCCGCAUGGCUACUGUGUAGACUCGUCGCUUAAGAGUUGGAAAGCUUGUCGGAUAAUAAGAAGAAACAAAACGCUUCGUAAAUCUGAGGACAUACGAGGAAGUGCAUAUCUAUGACUCGGGCAACCUGCGCUCGGUUGAACAAAGUGUGGGCUUUUCCACCCGUGCAUGUUUGAGUCAGAGAAGACAUAAGUGCCGUGCUUCGGCCAGACAACUGAAUUCGUACGAGUGGCAGCACCAGUUCGGAGGCAUGAUUUUGAGACGCUGCUCGGUGGUGGCUGCUGCCUUUUUACUCUCCUUCCUGGCCAAGGUGUCAGAGGGAUCGGGACGAUUCGAGUUGCAAAUGUUAUCGAUGCACAACCAGAACGGGGAGCUGCUGAACGGCCAGUGUUGCGACGGCUCCCCGAGCACCGCGGAUCAGAAAUGCACCCCGGACCAGUGCGAAACCUUUUUCAAAGUCUGCUUGAAGGAAUACCAGUCUCGAGUCUUCCCCGGAGGACCGUGUAGUUUCGGAGCCGGAUCUACCCCCGUCCUAGGAGGGAAUACAUUUACUUUCAAGAGCUCUGGCAGGAAUGAAAGAUCCAGGAUAGAUUUGCCGUUCCGUUUUGCCUGGCCGAGGUCCUACACGUUGAUAGUGGAGGCCUGGGACUUCGAAACCGCCGGUGUCGAGGGACAGGUGAUCGAGAUGUCCUCGCACUCCGGCAUGAUCAACCCCUCGCCCAACUGGCAGAAGCUGACGCACAACGGGCACGUGGCCCAGUUCGAGUACCAGAUCCGGGUCAGCUGCGACGAACACUACUAUGGCUUCGGCUGCAACAAGUUCUGCCGGCCCCGGAACGACUUCUUCGGCCACUACACGUGCGACUCCAACGGCAACAAGACCUGCCUGGAGGGCUGGUCCGGGGCAGAUUGCGACACACCCAUUUGCCGACAAGGGUGCAGCACCGAGCACGGGUUCUGCAGCGAGCCAGGUGGUUGCAAGUGUCUCUACGGCUGGCAGGGCCAGUACUGUGACAAGUGCAUCCCUCACCCGGGCUGCGUGCACGGGACCUGCGUUGAGCCAUGGCAGUGCCUCUGCGGCACCAACUGGGGCGGCCAUCUUUGCGACAAAGACCUGAACUUCUGCGGCACCCAUCUGCCCUGCCUGAACGCUGGCACCUGCAUCAACACGGGCCCCGACAAGUACCAGUGUACCUGCGCCGAAGGCUACUCCGGGGCCAACUGUGAGCGAGCGGAGCACGCCUGCCUGUCUAACCCCUGCGCCAACGGGGGCAGCUGCACGGAGACCAGCCAGGGCUACGAGUGCCAGUGUGGCCCCGGCUGGACCGGCCCCUCCUGCAGCAUCAAUGUCGACGAAUGCAGUCCCAACCCGUGUAGCCACGGAGGAACCUGCCAGGAUCUCAUCAACGGCUACAAGUGUCACUGUCCCACGCAGUGGACGGGCAAGACCUGCUUGAUCGAUGCCAACGAGUGCGACAGCAAGCCCUGUGUCAAUGCCAACUCUUGCCGCAACCUGAUUGGUGGAUACUUCUGCGAGUGCACGCCUGGUUGGACCGACCAGAACUGUGACACGAAUAUCAACGACUGCAAGGACCAGUGCCAGAACGGGGGGACCUGCAAGGACCUGGUGAACGCGUACCGCUGUGCGUGCGCUCCGGGCUUCACGGGGGACCACUGCGAGCAGGACGUGGACGAGUGUGUGAGCGCGCCCUGCCUCAACGGCGGCCAGUGUCAGAACGAGGUGGACGGCUUCAAGUGCCUCUGCCUCGCCGGGUUCUCCGGAAACCUCUGCCAGCUGGACGUGGACUACUGCCUGCCCAACCCGUGUCAGAACGGGGCGGCCUGCUUCAACCUGGCCGACGACUACUACUGCGCCUGCCCUGAGGACUACGAGGGCAAGAACUGCUCGCACCUCAAAGACCACUGCCGCACCACCACCUGCAAAGUGAUCGAUAGCUGCACGGUUGCCGUGGCGUCCAACAGCACGCCGGGUGGGGAGCGUUACAUCUCGUCCAACGUGUGCGGGCCCAGAGGCCGCUGCCGGAGCCAGGCCGGGGGCCAGUUCAGCUGCGAGUGCCAGGAGGGCUUCAGAGGCACAUACUGUCAUGAGAACAUUAACGACUGUGAGAGCAACCCGUGUCGCAAUGGCGGCACCUGCAUCGACAAAGUCAGCGUGUACCAGUGCAUCUGUGGCGACGGCUGGGAGGGCGAGCACUGUGAAAUCAACAUCGACGACUGCAGCACCAGCCCCUGUCACAACGGAGGGACCUGUCGAGACCUGGUCACCGACUUCUUCUGCGAGUGCAAGAACGGCUGGAAGGGGAAGACCUGUCACUCCCGGGAGAGCCAGUGUGACGAGGCGACCUGUAACAACGGGGGCACGUGCCAUGACGAGGGAGACGCCUUCCAGUGCAAGUGUUCCCCGGGCUGGGAGGGAGCCACCUGUAACAUAGCCAAGAACUCCAGCUGCCUGCCCAACCCCUGUGAGUACGGGGGCACCUGCGUGGUCAGCGGAGACACCUUCACCUGCGUCUGUAAGGAGGGCUGGGAGGGCCCCACCUGCACCCAGAAUACCAACGACUGCAGUCCCCACCCAUGCUACAACAGCGGCACCUGUGUGGACGGAGACAACUGGUAUCGCUGUGAGUGCGCCCCGGGCUUCGCAGGACCGGACUGCCGCAUCAACAUCAACGAGUGCCAGUCGUCCCCUUGUGCCCUGGGCUCCAGCUGCGUGGACGAGAUCAACGGCUACCGCUGCCUCUGUCCGCCGGAACGGACGGGCCCCCACUGUCAAGAAGUGACGCGCCGCUACUGCAGCGUCAACGGUCAUGUGACCCCGGACGGCGCCCGUUGGGAGGAGGACUGCAACACCUGCCACUGCGCCAACGGAAAGGUGGCGUGCACACGGAUGUCGUGUGGCCCCAAGUCCUGCCAGCUGGGCGCCAAGGGCCGGGGUGGCUGUCCCUCGGGCCAGAGCUGCGUGCCCAUCCGGGAGGGCCACUGCUUCGUCCGCUCCUGCGCGGGCCUGGGGGAGUGCUGGCGCACCGGCCCGCCCCCGGCCACGCCCAAGUGCCACCCCAGCUCCGCCUACCAGGACGACAGCUGCGCCAACAUCACCCUCACCUUCGACAAGGACACCCUGCCAAAGGGCCUGACGGUGGAGCAAGUGUGUAAGGAGCUCCGGAACCUGCACAUGGUGAAGAACCUGUCCCUGGAGCACUCUGUGUCCGUGUCCUGUGAGCCGUCGGCCUCCGCCAGCAACGAGAUCCACGUCUGCAUCUCCAUUGAGGACCACCGCUUGGACAGGAGCCCGAUCAAGGAGCUCACGGACCGCAUGGUGGACCUGGUCGGCAAGCGCAGCGGGAACGACACCGUCAUCUCCUCCAUCAAGGAGCUGCGGGUGCUGAGUCUCGACAAGACAGACUACCUGGUGCCGCUCCUCAGCUCCGUCUUCAUCGUGAUCUGGGUCCUGGUGUUCGUGUCGCUCUUCUUCUGGUGCGUGCGGCGCCGGCGAAAACAGGGCGGCCACGGCGGCGGCAGCGGCGGCGUGGGCUCGGCGUUGUCGCCGGGCUCGGAGGACAACACCACCAACAACGUGCGCGAGCAGCUGAACCAGAUCAAGAACCCCAUCGAGAAGCACGCCGGGCUGUCGGUGGCCAUCAAGGAGUACGAGGACAAGAACGCCAUCAUCGCCAAGAUAAGGACAAACCACCCCGACCCGGGGGACGACGACGACAAGGAGAGGCACCCGCCCAAGGCCCGCUUCGCCAAGCAGCCGGCGUACGCGCCGGUGGAGCGCGACGACAAGGCGCCGGCGGGGGUGCUGUCGUCGGCGGCGGCGGCGCCGGGCAAGCAGCCCAACUGGACUAACAAGCAGGACAACAGAGACCUCGAGACGGCCAACAGCAUCAACAGGAUGGACUACAUCGUAUAGCACGCAGACCGCUGAGGUUGCUGUGCAACCGAGCCCGAUGCCUUUUUUUUUUACAAAAGCCCCGCCGCAGUUGGUGGGUCCGGAAACGAGAAAACAAAGAAACGAAAAGAGCGAGAGAGGAAAAACGAAAAAAAAAAACAACGAAAAUUAAGGGGGACUGUUUUUUUUGGAUGUGUAGUUCCUAUACUGUAGCGUCACCACCUGGCCCCGCAGUUAGUAUUUUUGCAUCUGUUCCCCGUGUUAAUUUAAGUUUUGACAAGCUGGCUUACACUGGCAGUGACGGUUGCUUCGGUUGGCUGGGAACACUAGGCACUGAUACACAUUUCAUUACAAGUGGACCCCCGUUGUCCUGCUAUACAUUUCAUUUCUAUCCAUUCGGUGGGACGUUUUUUUUUUUUUUAAUCGGUCCUCCUCUUUUCAGCAUCGUUUAAAAAUAGCCUGUAGUUGUAAUUGUUGUACAAUGACUAAAAGUGUCGAUCACGCGUCAACACCACAGCUGAAAUAUUUGUAGUGUAUGUUUGAAUUUUGCCUGGGUGAUGAACAAAUACUUCUGUUUGGAGAAGAUGCCUUUUUCAGCUUUAGACCUCAGCAACUGUCAAAACAUAAGAUAGAUCAACUUUAUUAUUUAUUUUUAAAAGCAAAUUGGGGGAGGGAGCGGGCGAGGGGGGGGGUCACGGUCAGCAAUCGCUGCCAAUAUGAAGAAUUUAUGUGUCGAUUUAGAAUAUGUAGAUAUGUACAUUUCCUUUUAUUAAUCAAUGUGUAUAUUUGAUUUAUUAACUUAAUAAUCAAGAGCCUUAAGAUAUCAUUCCUUUUUAUUUAUAUGUUCUGUUUGAAGGUUUUCAUGGCUGUGGAAUUUCUUUUUUUCUCCCCCCAAUUUUUUUUUUAAAACAAAAUGCGCUCUUUUAAAUGGUAAUUUCACAUUUCGAGGAAGACGAGAAACUUACGGCCUGUUUUUGUCUUCUUUAUUGUUUCCAUGUUGGACAUUUCAUUCACCUAGUUUUUUUUUUUUUAAUGCGCAAGGGCCUCUCUCUACUGUGACUGAUGUUAGAGGAGUGACAGGAGCUUCUCAGAGGGACGGCUGUUGUGACUGUAGAGGUGGCAGACAUAUUGCUUGCCCCCCCAACCAGAAAACGAAACAAAACACUUAAGGGAACAAAAAUCCAUUAGCAGCUUACAAUAGUUAACCUUUUGACCUUUUGUGGCCAUUGUUGAAAAUUCGCUGACACCAAAAGUGAAAAUUGCAAAACGACACACCGCAACUCUCUUCUGCCUUAGUACUCGAUGGAAGAGCAGGGUAGGGAUGGGAACAUUCAGAUCCAAUACACUGCCUUGCUCUGCGGGAGAUCUGUGCUUUCUGCGCACACGUUUUUUUUUUACCAGUUUUUUUUAAGUAAGGCUCUUAAAAGACAAACAUGUUUUAUCUCAUCCGUUAAACCUAUGAGAUCAUGGCAAAAAUUUUGUCCUUUCGUUUUUUUUUUUCUUUGACUCUUGUGUUACGAAUUUGAGGAGUAUUUGUGUUGAUCUGGCAAUAUAUUUUUGAAAAAGUCAUAUUUAUUAAAUAUUUUGUAUGAAAAGAGAAUUAAAGUGUCUGUUCUGGAGAUUGA